AUGGCCGAGAAGAACGUCUCCGGCCCGCCAGUGCCCACCGCGCGGUCACCAAAACCUGUCAGCGAAGCUCUCCUCAACGAAAAGGUACGUGAAGCGUCACUACCCAGCAGGCAUACAAACCAGCGCCACGCCGUCUCCUCCCUCUUGCCGAGCUUCAACGAGCUUCAGAAGAGCCAUUCUGCCCUUUUCACAAUCCUCACCCGCUCCGAUCGCAUUCUUGGGCAUCGGAACGAGACUGCGAAGCAUUGA